AAGCGCAACCUAUUUGACAGCUAUCAAAAUUGUAAUUUUUUGGUGCGCACAUCUACAAAGUAAUCCUUUAUUAUUUUUGCAAAAAAUGAAAUUUUUUGUGGUGUUUGUGGCCUUGUUGGCCUGCGUUGCCGCCUACGAAGUGGAACUCUUGACCGAAGAACAAUGGGAUAACUUCAUGAACGACCAAACCAUUGAUCCCGAAACCAGAGGUUUGAUCUUGAACUCUCAAGCCAAGAAGGCCGUUAGGAACUUCGUUGACCAAAUGCCCUGCGGCUGGCCCGAAUAUGGUAUUCCCCCAUUGGCUCCCUAUACCAAUCCCGAUUUGGAAGUUCAUUUGGCCAAGUCUUUCGUUGAUGCCAUCGUUCAAGCCAUCAAAUUCCGUUUUGACGGUUUGGAAGAUAUGGAAAUCAAGAAAUUGAAGGUCUCCUACACCUUCAACAAGAAGGUCAAAUUCCACUUCAACUUCAAGCAAUUGAAGGCCACCGCCUCUGUCCUGAACACCGAUACCUUUGUCGAUUUGAUGAAAGAAUUGGGCUUGUCCGUUCGCUAUGAAGGUUCCGGACCCAUGGAAUUCUCUUUGGAAAACUUGUCCCUCCAAGGUCAAUUCAAAUACAAGAUGCCCUUCAUUUUCGGUUCCAUUAAAAUCUACAAAUUCGAAUGUGUCGUCACUUUGGGUGGUGUCCGUUCCAACAUUGGUGGCAUCUUGGGCAAUGGCAAAAUCAACGAGAUGAUCAACGAUGAAAUCGACUACUUGAUCCCCGCUUUGAUUAACGGCAACCAAAAGAAGAUCAGCGAUACCAUUGAACAAGUGAUUGUGCCACGUGUCAAUGCCAUGAUGAAGGGCAAGAAAAUCUGGAGCAUGUUGGGUAUGUUGGGCAGCAGCAACAAGAAGUGUGUUCCCACCCCAGCCCCAUUCUUGGAAUAAAUUGUUAUGGAACGAAAUAUUUAAAAUUAAUAAAUAAAAAUGGUUGAGAAAAAAUUAUAGAAAAA